AUGGCGGAAGAGCAGGAGCUACUGCAGUUGGAGAACUUGUGUAAGCAGUUCUAUGAGACCAAUAACACAAGCUUACGAGCAGAUGCAGAAAAGGCUCUUGUUGAAUUUGCGGAUUCUCCAGAUUGUUUAAGUAAAUGCCAACUUCUGUUGGAAAGAGGAAAUUCGCCCCUUGCACAACUGCUGGCAGCAACAACCUUAACAAAGCUUGUAACACGCCCAAAUGUGACCCUUCCCUUGGAACAAAGAAUAGAUAUAAGAAAUUAUGGUCUUAACUAUUUGGGAACAAGACCAAAAUUGGUGCACUAUGUACUGCAGGCCCUUGUACAGCUGUUUGCCAGAAUCACAAAACUUGGAUGGUUUGACUUGAAGGAUGAAGAAUACACAUUCAGAAAUGUUAUCAGUGAUGUUACAAAGUUUAUACAGAGUGGCUUCACACAACAUGUAAUGAUUGGUGUACAGCUGCUGUCACAGUUGGUUUGUGAGAUGAACCAAGUCAGCGAAGCUGAUGCUAGCAGAUCCCUAACCAAGCACAGAAAGAUUGCCUCAUCAUUCCGUGAUACUCAGCUGUUUGAGAUUUUCCAGUUGGCAUGCUCCUUGUUGCAGACUGCUGCAGGGAACAUUAAAAACAUGAACUUCUCUGAUGAUAGUCAGCAUGGUUUCAUUCAACAUUCCUUAAGACUGGCUCACAACUGCUUAACAUUUGACUUUAUUGGCACAUCUACUGAUGAAUCAUCAGACGAUCUGUGUACAGUUCAGAUUCCUACAUCUUGGAGGUCAGCCUUCCUGGAUUUUGCAACUAUGCAGCUGUUUUUUGACUUGUAUUCGGGAUUGCCUGUGACAUUAUCUCCCUUGGCUCUCUCCUGUCUUGUCCAGAUUGCAUCUGUCCGGCGCUCACUGUUUAACAACACAGAGAGGGCCAAGUUUCUCAAUCAGAUAGUUGUUGGUGUGAGGAACAUUCUGGAAAAUCCACAGGGUUUAUCUGACCCUAGCAACUAUCAUGAGUUCUGUCGCCUACUGGCUCGACUGAAGUCCAAUUACCAGUUGGGAGAACUGGUCAAGGUAGAUAACUACCCAGAAGUCAUCAAAAUGAUUGCAGAGUUCACAGUGACUAGUCUAAGGCAAAUGUGGCAGUUUGCUCCGAACAGUGUUCACUAUCUGUUGAGCUUGUGGCAAAGAAUGGUGGCUUCAGUACCAUACGUGAAGGCAACAGAGCCCCAUCUCUUGGAGACCUAUACACCAGAAGUUCUCAAAGCAUAUACUAUGUCCCGUCUGGAGUCUGUAACUGUUGUACUAAAAGAUGGCCUGGAGGAUCCACUUGAUGACACAGGGAUGGUUAUGCAGCAGUUAGAACAGUUAUCUACCAUUGGGCGUUGCGAGUAUGAAAAGACUUGUGCACUGCUGGUUCAACUGUUUGAUGAAGCUGCCCAGAGAUAUCAGGAACUGAUAGCAUCACAGGGACAGGGUGCCGAGAUAACCAUACAGGAAGGUCGGCUGUCAUGGCUGGUUUAUAUUAUCGGCUCAGUGAUAGGGGGUCGUGUGUCAUUUGCUAGUACAGAUGAACAUGAUGCAAUGGAUGGAGAGUUGGCAUGCAGGGUUUUGCAGCUGAUGAACCUAACAGACAGUCGGAUUGCUGCUCAGGGGGGUUGUGAGAAAUUAGACCUGGCCAUUCUCAGUUUCUUCGAACAGUUCAGAAAAAUUUACGUUGGGGACCAGGUCCAUAAGAUGUCAAAAGUAUACAGACGACUCUCUGAGGUGCUGGGACUUAAUGAUGAAUCCAUGGUGUUGAGUGUAUUUGUUGGUAAAAUAAUCACAAAUCUGAAGUAUUGGGCACGAAGUGAACAGAUCAUCUCUCGAACCCUACAGCUGCUUAGUGACCUUUCUGUAGGCUACAGUAGUGUGAGGAAACUGGUCAAGCUGGAAGCUGUUCAAUUUAUGUUGAAUAACCACACGAGUGAACAUUUCCCAUUCUUGGGAAUCAGUACCAACAACCGGCCAAUCUCUGACAUGCGAUGUCGCACCACAUUCUACACAGCAUUGGGGCGGUUGUUAAUGGUGGACCUUGGCGAGGAUGAGGAAAAGUUUGAUAAAUUUAUGAUACCUUUAACAGCUGCAUUUGAGUCGGUUGGGAACAUGCUGGCAUGUGUGAAUACCCCAAUGAAAGCAGAGGAAGCCAAGCGUUCCUUGGUAGGCUUGGCACGCGAUCUGAGAGGCGUGGCUUUUGCUUUUAAUACGAAGACAAGCUAUAUGAUGUUAUUCGAUUGGAUUUACCCAACAUACACCCCAGUCCUUCAGCGAGCUAUUGAGCUCUGGUACCAUGAACCAGCAGUCACUACACCUGUACUGAAACUCAUGGCAGAACUGGCUCAGAGCAGGUCUCAGCGGCUACUGUUUGAUGUUUCUUCACCAAAUGGAUAUCUUCUUUUUAGAGAAGUCAGCAAGAUGAUAGUCACGUAUGGAUCUCGGGUGUUGUCAUUAGGAGAUAUACCAAAAGACAGAACUUACCCAAUGAAAUUGAAAGGAGUGUCCAUUUGUUUUUCAAUGUUAAAGGCAGCAUUAUGUGGCUCAUAUGUAAACUUUGGUGUGUUUCGACUCUAUGGAGAUGACGCACUUGAUAACGCACUGGGCAUGUUUGUCAAACUUCUGCUGUCAAUAUCACAACGGGAUCUCAUGGACUACCCAAAGCUGAGCCAGAACUAUUAUGGACUCCUCGAGUGCCUGGCCAAUGAUCACAUGACAUUUAUCAGUAACUUAGAGCCUCAGGUCUUCCUCUAUAUCCUCACGACCAUCUCAGAAGGACUCACUGCUCUAGACACAAUGGUUUGUACAGGGUGCUGUGCUACCCUGGAUACAAUCAUCACAUACUUGUUCAAACGCCUCACAACCAAAAAGAAGAAAUCUCACCCUGGAACGGUUCCAGACAGCGAGGCUUUCCUGCGUAUUUUAGAACUCCAUCCUGACAUUCUACAACAGAUGCUGUCUACUGUACUAAACAUCAUCAUGUUUGAAGACUGUCGGAACCAAUGGUCCAUGUCACGGCCAUUGUUAGGUCUUAUCUUAUUAAAUGAAGAGUACUUUAACAAAUUACGAGAUAGUAUUAUCUCCAGUCAGCCCGGGGAUAAACAACAGAGAAUGGUCCAGUGCUUUGAGAACUUAAUGAAUGGAAUUGAGCGGUCACUUCUGACCAAAAACAGAGAUAGGUUUACACAGAAUUUGUCAGUGUUUCGUCGUGAUGUGAAUGACUCUUUAAAAGCCCCUGGUGGCCAAAGUCCAAUUCCUUCAUCAUCGUCCUCACUAGACAUGAUGAACUACAGCUAAUGCUGGUUUUCUGGUGUGAGAGUGUUUCUAGGUAAUCUCUUAAAUGGUCACUUUGGUGUCACCGAUUCAUCGGAUGAAUGGUGAUUGUUUGGGUAACUUACAGCGAGGAUGGUCAUUUUCGGGACAAUUGGACAUUUAGCUAUGGUGAGGAUGGUCAUUUUCAGGACAAAUGGACGCUAAUUGUUGUGAUGCUUGUCUGGACAAUUGAACAUUAAGCUACGGUGAAGAUGGUCAUUUUCAGGACAAAUAGACAUGAAGCGUUGUGAUCAUUCUCUGGACAACUGGACAGUGAGCUAUGGAAAGGAUGGUAAUUUUUUAGGAAAACUGGACACUAAGUGAUUGCGAGAUUGGUUUUUAUAUGACUGACUGGGUGUAAAGCUUUGGUCAUGGAUGCAAAGCAUUGUGAUCUGUGUCAGGAUGACUGAAAGCUGGACUAAGGCAAGGAUGGAUUUUUUCAGAACAACUGGAUGUUAUACCAUGUGAUCUUUUUGCCUGGACGAUGAGUUUUUUUGAGGACAGACAUUUUAUAGUGUUCAGCAUUUGAGAUGAGUGGUGAUUCAUUAACGGAUAAUAGGAGGCCAUGUGGAUCACCGUUAUCAUCAUCAUCAUUGUUAUCAUCAGCUGUAUCGUUUAAAAUUCAGCUAGAUUGGCUUAGUCCUGAAAAUCGAGUACAUAUGUAUUAGAGUUCAUGGAUAAUUACCCUGGCUUCUGUCAGGGGAAAAAAAACCUACAUCAGGCUGUAUGCUACUUUACUGUGAUGGAAUUUUGUUCCCCGAUGUGUUCACAGCUGACAUAGGGAGUCAUUGAUGAUAGGUAUCAUUUGUAAGGUAGCAUACACAUUGAUGUCCACAACAUUUAUCUCUGUUGAUGAGUUAAAAUGCGUUUUUAUCACGAAAUCCAGAAGUAAAGUUUGCACAGCAUGGACAGUUUUGUAUAUGAAAUCGGGAAGGGUGCUUUAACAAUGGUGGGGGAUAUGUUGAAUCAAAACAGAAGUUAUUUGAACAAUUUCUGCUUUAUAGCAUAUACAUGUAUAGGAUAUAAGUAGAAGGUUGAAAUGGAAAGAAGGGUCAUUGAAUGUCUUGAAUGUUUUUGAAGCAAGUGUGAUAUCACUGUUAAAAAGUAUCCCCUUAAUAUGCAUGACUGUGGGAAUCAGUGUGAGUGUUUAACAAGUUUUCUUUUGAGGGCAUGCUUCACUGUUUGUUAAAUGUUGAUGUUGUGAGAGGAUGUUGUAUGAGGUCAUAUCAUUCAUAUUUACAGGUACAAAAGUGUCAUUUAGUCUUACAGUAUGGACUUAGUGGGAGCUGUUUUUAUGAUAGGAAGAGGUGAAGAAAAUAAGAUGAUUAAACACAUGUAGGACAUUCUGUAGAGGAAAAAUAGAGGUUAUUCCACUGACAUCUUAUAUCUUUGAGUUGUGUAAAAAUUGUUGUGAUGGUGACUGUUUGCUACAUGGCACAUUGAACAUGUGAUUAUUGUGAAAGUAAAUCUUAGCAAGAGGUAUCGUAGGGUACUGAAUGAAUUUAUUGCUGCCAACAUUUUUGUAGGUUAGUUUCACAUGUAUCGUCAAUGAUAAAAGACACUGAAGAGGUUCUUUUGGAUUUUAAGUGUACUUCAGAAAAAGGUAGCAUACAUCCUUAAGUUUAAUUACUGUAGUAAUCCUAAGCAUUGAAUUAUUGAGUAGAAAUUUUUUAACUUUGUUUUCUAGCAGUACAUGCAUUCCUGAUUUUUUCUUUCUUUUUUUUUAUAGGUAGAACCAACAAAUAUUUUUUGUCAGAAAUUGUUAAAACUGUUAGAAUUGAAAUAUUUGUAUUGAUGUGGUGUAUUGAUUCUUAAUGCUUAAUGAUUAAUCAGUAAUAAUAGAAAAUUGUCAGAAGCAAUACAGAUUAAAUUGAAUCGCAGUGCAUUAUCAUUCUAAAUUAAAACAUGAUGCAUGAAGUGAGAGUAUGUCAUUAAAUCUACAUGUUGAAUGUUGUAAUUUAUAAAAUAAACCCAAUCUAAUACCCAGAAUAAAGUGAACAAAACUUAAAAAAAAAAAAAAAUCAGAAAGGACAAAAAAGUAACACCUUUUUAUUUUCAGUUAGCUAAAUAAUUUGUAAGUUUUCAUUUUACCAUUCAUCAAGCUCUGUUGGAUUAAAUUUAAGAAUAUUGGUGUACAUUUGGUGCAGAAUCGGAAGUGCUUUAUAUAGGUAAACUGUAUGUUUUAUCACUAGACUUUAAAAUUCCCAUAGGAAGGGGCUACAUGUAAAAUAUAUCAGUAGUGUUAGGAUAAAGUAAUUAAAAAAAAGUGCUAGAAAUUGUGAUUAAAGCCAUCAAAAGAGCUCAUGGUUUUAAAUAAAUUUAAGUGCCGAAUUUCAAAAUGGAGUCUUUUAACUUGCCAUCAAUUAAAGUGUCAGGUAAGUUUAUGAUAAAGUGUCUUUCAUCUGUCUAUCAGAUAUACAGGUUCUCAAAAUGAAAUAUUUUGAAAAAAAUGCAACAGACUUGGGUCUGCUUUAUAGAAUUAUUCUAUAUAUCAAUUGUUAGUUUGAAUUAAAAGUGCUCAAACUGUUCCAGCAAAGUGCUUGACAUACCAUGUAUUUGUGAAUUAAUGUACAUUCUACAUAGUGCUUGUAAAUUGUAAACAAAAGUGCUUGAUUUAAAACAUCAACAUAUGUAUUCAGUACAUAGAAGUAGUUUGUGGUCUGUAGCACUUAAUUGAUGUAAAUUGUGAUAUAAAAUGAUUACAGUGCAACAUGAUAUAGUCCGUUUCCUAAGAAUUUAUCACCACAGACUUGCUGUGAUAGAAAGAUUAGGAAAAAUUUCAGUCGCUUAAGAAAGUUGGUUUACAUUAUACUACAUAAAGAAUUUCAAACCUUUGAAAAUCAAGCCAUUAAAAAUGGCUAAUUAGACUGCUUGAUAGCCUCACUUUCAAACCGCUAUUAUGUCAUUGCUAAAGAAAGUUGACUAAAUAUUGAAACUCCAUUGAACGCUUACUUUCAGCCUUUCCAUGGAUGUUGAAAAACUUACCUUCAGCCUUCCCAUUGAUGUUGAGAAACGUUUACUUUCAGCCUUCCCAUGAAUGUUGAGAAACGCUUACUUUCAGCCUUUCCAUGAAUGUUGAGAAACGCUUACUUUCAGCCUUCCCAUGGAUGUUGAAAAACUUACCUUCAGCCUUCCCAUUGAUGUUGAGAAACGUUUACUUUCAGCCUUCCCAUGAAUGUUGAGAAACGCUUACCUUCAGCCUUCCCAUGAAUGUUGAGAAACGCUUACUUUCAGCCUUUCCAUGAAUGUUGAGAAACGCUUACUUUCAGCCUUCCCAUGGAUGUUGAAAAACUUACCUUCAGCCUUCCAUGGAUGUUGAGAAACGUUUACUUUCAGCCUUCCCAUGAAUGUUGAGAAAUGCUUACUUUCAGCCUUCCCAUGAAUGUUGAGAAAUGCUUACUUUCAGCCUUCCCAUGGAUGUGGAGAAAUGCUUACUUUCAGCCUUCCCAUGGAUGUGGAGAAACGCUUACUUUCAACCUUCCCAUGGAUGUUGAGAGAGAGCAUUUGUUAAUCCACUUGUAACUAUGACCGUGAUAUUUUCUUCUGCCAUUCAGUUCAGGUUAUAAAAUAUAUAAUGUGCAGAUUGAAUUUUUUCAAAUAUUAAGAUGUCAUAUUCUAAAAAUUUGUAUCUGUAACCUUUAUAUUGACUUAACCUGCGAUCAUGGGUUGUUAUAACACAAAGCAGCAAACCUGCUACAGAGGCACAAGAUCAAACUUCUGCCAGAAUUGACGGUACAUCGUUGUAACAUUGUACUAUUAUGAUACAGUGUGGAUAUGGAACUCUGAAAAAUUCUCUCUGGUUCCAUUUAUUGCUUUAGUUUUACAAUACAUUGUCUUUUCAAAUGUUCUUUUUUUUUUGACAUUAUAGAGAGGAAGUGCUUCUUUAAACCAAAACAAGCUUGCUUCAUUUACCUGUUAAAAACGUGUUAAAUUGUACUAGAUAUGUUAUAAAUAAUACUGUUUCAUCAUCUCAUCAACAUUACUGUAAGAUCAUUGUUUUCAUGGGGGUAAAAUUUUCGUGAUUUUUAAAACAAAAUCAUUAUAAAGAGGACUCAUUAAAUUUACUAAUAUUACUUUUAACACUUAAUUUAUACAUGGACACAGAAAAAUAUGGAUUAAUAAGAGUACCCAUGAAUCAAAGAAAAUAAAAUGCCCAUGAAAAUUAUUGAUUUUUACAUGAUGUGUUAUUCAUGUGUAUGUAUGUUGGUAUCAUUGACUUAAGGGGAUGUGUUUGAUUGUGCAUGUGUGUAGCAGUAUAUAGAGAUGUGAUAGAAUUGUUGGUGUGGGUGGGUCAGGGAAAUAUGAGGAUUGUGUUGGUGUGUUAUUGAAGAAGCCAGGAUACAUAUGUCACGUGUACUGAUCACGUGUGUCCUUAUAUGGAGUGACACACACUGCUAGCAGCAGCACAUAUGCUUCCUGACAGUACGAUAUCAGAAAACGAAGUAAAAUUGUUUUCCAUGUUGUUACUCUAUAGUAUGUUGUUUGGAGGAAAUAAAAUA